AAAGGCGUGAGGCAGUGGGGAGUGGGGAGCGAGAGAGAAAAAAGAAAAGAUGGCAAGUUCCAGAUUUUCAUUCGGUUUGGGAGUGAUGGCCUUCCUUGCCUCUCUCCUCUUCGCUCUCUGCAUGCCUCUCGCCGCCAAUGCUCAAUCCCUACCUCCGGCACCGCCUCCCACUAGCGACGGAACCUCCAUUGAUCAAGGGAUUGCGUAUGUGCUCAUGAUGUUGGCUUUGGCGCUCACUUAUCUCAUCCACUCCUCCUCCACCUUCUGAUUCCAAUCAAACAAACAAGGUGCUUUAUCUUUAUCUUUAUCUAUGAUAUGUUAUGUUAUGCCCACAGGAAUUCAACCUUGUUUCUCUUUUUCACUGCCUUCCGCAAUCUUAUAUUGUACAUUCCUCUCAAUCUUUACCUCUUUAAUCGCUUCACCGCCCUUUCCCCUAAAUUCAUUAACAAAACAAUUUUCCCCAUCCUUCUUUUUAACCUUCAUUCAUUCUACACAUACCUCCUCUUCUCCAAUUCAUUUUUUUAUUUUAUCUUAUAUUUCGAUUAAAUGUUAACACUACCUAUGCUACUGUACCAAAGUAUUCUCAUAGUACCUUUAGAAAGCUGCAACUUUCAGAA